AUGUUAAUUAAUACUGGUGCCUCUUAUUCAAUUCUGAAUAUGGCCCCCGGCAGAGCCGGGAUCUUCCAAACCUCUGAAAUUAUUGAACUGACAGGGCCCAACGGCCAGAAAUCCUCAGUGCCGUUCACAGGGCCCAUACCCUUUGAAAUUGGGGCUGCCAAAGGGUCUGAAAAAUUUGGGAAAAUGGAAAUGAAAGGAAAGCCAGGAAUUUUAGCCAUCUCUGCACUUACAAAGAUGGGGGUGGUGGUGGACCUGGCAAACCAAGCAUUGCUACACUGCCUACAAAUUGAUUUGCCCGUCAUCCCGGCAAGCCACAGGGUGAUGUCAGUGAAAGCCCCUGAGAGCCUGGUCCACCCUGAGUGGGAGCCACGGGUGAAACGGGUCACAGAGCAGUUCCCCCAGGUCUGGGCAAGGAGUAAGCUGGACUGUGGGCAGAUUGAUGCUGCUGUGUCAGUCAAAGGGCCGGAUCCGCCUCCUCAGCCUCAGCCCUGGUACCCGGCUGAGGCUGAGGACAGCUUGUGGGACACAGUCAAAACCUUGCUGGACCAGGGCGUGCUGGUGGAGCAGCAGAGCACCACCAACGCCCCAGUGUGGCCCCUGAGGAAAGCUGAUGGGAAAACGUGGAAGCUGACAGUUGAUUUCAGCACCCUGAACCAAGUCACCCCGGUGCUGACCUCCACAGUGGUCAAGUAUCCCAACAUCAUGGCAGCCAUCUCCCGGGGCUCCGAGUGGUUCUCGGUGCUCAGCCUGACCAGCCCAUCACUUGCCAUCCCCUUGCACCCCGAGUCCUGGCACAAGUUUGCCUUCACGAUUCGAGGGCGGCAAUUCGCUUUCACCCGAGUCCCCCCGGGUUUCCACAAUGCCCCUGCCAUCUGCCACGCCCGCGUGGUGAGGAUGUGGGAGCAGGUCAGCCACCGGGAGAGCGUGCUGUCCUGUGCUGGUGAUAUCCUCAUCCACACCCAGACAAAGGAGAAGAACCUGGAGGUGCUGGCAGAGGUGCUGGGGGCUGUCCAGAAGACAGGCUUCAGGAUCAACCCCACCAAGGCCCAGCUUUGCUGGAAAGAGGUCUCCUUUUUGGGGGUGGCCGUGGGGGAGGAAGGGCGCUCACUGGAAAAGCAGAGGGUUGAGCUAAUACAGAAGAUGUCAGCACCGUCUGAUGUCACCACCCUGAGGUCCUUCCUGUCUCUCCUGAGGUUGUGCCGUGAGUUCAUUGAGGGCUAUGCAGAGAAAACCGCCCCCCUUUGCCACCUCCUGAAAAAGAACAGCCCCUGGGAAUGGGGGCCAGAGCAGGACGAGGCAGUGAAGACCUUAAAGGAAAGUGUGGCACGAGCCCCCAUGCUGGCCCAUCCUCAGGGGGACAGACCCUACGUUCUGCAGCUGGCCAGCACGGGCAGGGGGCUGCAGGCCACCCUGGGCCAGCAGCACAGUGCCAACCUGCUGCCUGUGGCCCACGCCUCGCGUCUCCUGACGCCAGCUGAGCAGCAGUUCAGUGACUACGAGAGGGAGGCUUUAACCUUAACCUGGGCCCUGCAGCACUGGGAGUACCUGGUGGGGUCAGCCCCUGUGCUGCUGAGGACCUCCUGCACCCCGGUGAGGUACCUCUUGUUGGGAAAGGGGGAUGAAGGUCCCCUGUGCUGUCCCAGGAUGGCCAACUGGGCGUUGGCACUGCCCAACAAGGAGGUCCCCGGGGACCCCUCCCCUGGUGCCUACAGGGUGGGAAUCAGUGCAGAGAGGGACGGGGAGGCACCGGGAAUCUCCCUUACCGACCCCAAGCCAUGGCGGGCACCCCUCUUUGAGAGCAGCCUCAGCCUGGAGGAGGCCAAGGCGAGAGGCUACGUCGUGUGGUUCGUGGAUGGGUCCAACUACUACGAGGAAGGCGUGCCCUACACGGGCUACGCCGCUGUCAACCGGGGCACGGGGGAGGUGGUGAAGGGCAGGUGCCUGCCGCACUCCAUCCAGGCCGCCGAGCUGGUGGCCGUGAUGGCCGCCCUGGAGAACACGCCGGCCGACAAGCCACUGGCCAUCUUCUCAGACUCGGGCUGGGUGGUGCGUGUGGCGCUGGAGUGGCUGCCCCUCUGGAGGGAGAGGGACAUGCAGUCUGCUGACGGCAAGCCCGUCACCUAUGCCAAAAAGCUGCUGUACCUUGCAAGGCUGGCAGAGCAGAGGGUGUGCCCAGCACAGAUCGUUAAAGUCAAGGCCCACAAGAAGGGAACAGAGGAAGCCAAGUGGAACAAGGAGGCAGAUGCCAAGGCCAAGCAAGGUGCCAAGGAAGGGCUGAUGUGGAAGGCCAGCAAGAUAUCAGAGAAAGGUCCAGUGUCGGUGGCUCCCAGCAGGCACUGGGAGAGUGUGGAUCUGGUGGGCUUACAGGCACAGGACCCCAGGCUCCGGGAGUUAGCGCAGGGCAGGGAGUACAAAGGGUGUAAGGUGUGGAAAGACGUUUCAGGGCUGGUCCUGGCACGGCGGGAGGGGGCAGAUUUCCCAGUCUGGGUGGUGCCUGAACUGGUCCGGACAGAGCUUGUGGCCCUGGCCCAUGAGCAGGGGCAUCUGGGGACAGACAAGACCAUGGUGAGGCUGCAGGGUGUUGGGUGGUGGCCCGAAAUGAGAGAGGAUGUGGAGAGGUAUGUCAAUAACUGCCUGACUUGUGCAGCCAACAAUACUGAUGCCAAAACAGCCAAAGCCAUCCUGGGCCACCAGAGGGUUUCUGGGCCAUGGAGCAAGUUGCAGGUGGAGUUUAUUGGCCCUCUCCCCCAAACAGCCCAAGGCAAUAAGUACUGCCUGGUGGUCAGUGAUAUCUUCACCAAGUGGGUGGAAGCAUUCCCAGCUCGAAACAACUCAGCCAGUGCAACUGCAAAGAUCCUGGUAGAGCACAUCUUCUCACAGUGGGGCAUCCCAAAGGAGAUCCACUCAGAUCACGGCCAGCGCUUCAUCGGGGAGGUCACAAAAGGGGUGUGCCAGGCCCUGGGAAUCAAACAAAAGCUUCACAUCACAGGGCAUUUCCAGAAGCCAGUCUCAGCAGAGGGGCCCAACCAAACACUGAAGGCAGCGCUGAGGAAGCUUGUGAGCCAGCAAAGGAAAAACUGGGAUCAUAAGCUCCCACUGACCUUGCUGGCACUGAGGGGGUCUCUGGCAUCUCAAACACUUUCUCCCCCAAAAUUUCCUCCUGCAAGAGACCCGAAGUUUCUGGAGCACUGGUGGCAAGGAGGGGAGCCCCCGGAUGAAAUGCAGCCCCGCGUGCUGAUGGACAGGUGGGUCCACGACAUGCUGAGGACGGUGUCAGCCACCUACCACCAACUGGCCUCAGUGCAGGAGACCAGCAUCCCUAAGAUGGAAAAGCAGUUGGGAGUGCUACUGCGCCCCGUGGAGUGGAACACAGGGGACCUGGUGAUAUACCGAGGGGUUAGGGAGAAGAACCAGGUGCUGGAACCCCAGUGGCUGGGGCCUGUUAGGGUUGUGAACAAGGCCAGCCCCUCUGUGUACCAGGUAGAAAUCAGAAAAGGGGCAAAAACGCAGGAGAAGUGGUUCCAUUCUUCACAAUUAAAAGCAUGGAAGGGAAACUAACGGGGCUGGAGAGCCCGCCUUGCUUAUGUUUUGCAGAUAAAGGAAAAUGGAAGGCGAUUGUGACCAGCGGGAAGGGCGAACUUCGUGGCAUCACCAGCCCUGUUUGUGCUGCGGGGAAAAUGCUUUCAAAUUUGUGAUUGCAGGAGUUACUUUGCUUUCUGGUCCUUAUGUAGUGAAGAAAAAUCACAUCCAGGAGCUGUUGACAGGGCCUGUCCGGUCCCUAAAGAAGGUGGUGCUGUCUCUGUCCACUGUUAAUAUUUCCUCUGUCAGACCACACUGUGCCCCCUUC